AUGAACGCCAUCAUGGAGGGCGAGGCCACCUUGGCCUGCGACGUGGACGAUGGCAGAGGAAGUAGAGGGAACCAGUUGCUGCUGGAACGUGGACGCCGUUAUGGUCUCGGUCACCAAUCAAUGCCAAGACCGAAAUGGUUGCACUGGAGCGAGAUUAUGGAGAUGGAUUUGUUCGUACUGAUAAUCGUUGAGAGAAUCGAUGUAGUUGUCGAGCAUCGCGCCAUGUGUCAGAAACAGACUGAGUAG